AUGACAACUUAUCAAUAUUUUCUUAGUUAUAUCGGUCAAAUCAUCAUUGGAUUGAUUCUACUUGGCACCAUGGGACUUGCGUUGAUAGUCAAAAUUUCAAGUCACAACAACAUAUUUUCUGGUCCAGCAUUGAUAUUAACUACAGCGACUACAAAGCCUGCCGCCAACAACGUGUCUCAUAGCAAAUGGCCAAUCAAUAAGCUUGUUAUAGUACCAGCCAUAUGGAAAGAAAUUCAUUGGAGUAAUCGAUCGAGUUGGCCACUUUGGCUUCGUGUAGGACUCAAUAUGACUGGACAUAGUUCAAUGCCGUAUCAUGUUCAUCUCUAUCAACGCAUCGAUCCUAAAUCUAGACCUCCAUAUAAUUGGUCUUUUUGUCGAAAUGUUCAUGAAGAAGCUGGUGUUUAUUUACAAUUUAUUUACGAUUACUACUAUGAUUUACCAGAGAAAAUUCUAUUUAUUCAUGGAAAUCCAUUUGCUCAUUCGACUCAUCCAAUUGAAGCAGCCUUAUGUAUACGUGACGACGUUCAUUACACCAGUGUUAUUUCACAAUGGAUAAAAGAUCGUUCCUGGUCCAUGUGGCGCCGAGAUUCAACUACUAAUGUAUCAUUGAUGUACCAGUGUGCAAGUCGGAUAUUACAAUUAUUCGGUUAUGAUGCUGAACUUCAAUUGAAUCCUACCAAAAUUAAUCCAAAAGAAAAUAGUAUCAUUUCAACAUAUUGUUGUGCUCAAUUUUAA